AUGUACGAGAAAGGCUUUCCCCAGAAGUUCUUUGCUUGGAUUAAAGGGUGUAUUUACGAUGUGACGUUCUCUAUUUGCAUCAAUGGGGCUUUACAAGGCUAUUUUAACUCAACUUCGGGUCUUAGGCAGGGGUGCCCCCUAUCCCCUCUUCUCUUUGCCAUUGCUAUGGAUGUCUUCUCUUGUUAUUUGGAUGGCAGUAAUUUUUGUGGUUUUCCUUGUGGCAAUACCUCUUAUACUCACCUGCUUUAUGCCGAUGACGUUCUGAUUUUUGGACCUGCCACGGUUCAAAAUGCUCAAGCUUUGAAUAAUAUUCUUUCAUAUUUUGGUGAUUGUUCGAGUCUUCACAUCAAUAGAGAAAAAUGCUCUAUUAUUUUCUCUAAGGAAUCUCAAACUACUUCUGACAUUUUAAACCUCCUUCAUUUCUCCCAAGCUGAUCAUGUUAUCAAAUACCUUGGAUUGCCUACCUCCACUAAAAGACUCACCAUUUCUCACUUCCAACCACUACUGAGUAAAAUCACUAUUCUACUUGCUGGUUGGAAAGUUAAGUUUUUGUCUUUUGUAGGUAGGAUUAAAUACUUGAAAUUUACAAUUGCCAAUACUAUUGCGUAUUGGAUUCGUGGAGCAAUUAUACCCAAAGCUGGAUGCAAGCUUAUUGACAGAAUUUGUGCAAGGUUUUUAUACCAUGGCUCUUCUACGGAUAAGAAAUUACACCUGAUUUCUUGGAGAAAAACUACCUUACCUUACUGUUUUGGGAGUCUUGGAAUACCUGAUAUUAAAUCCAUGUACUUUGGAUUUGCUUGCACCUUUAUGUGGAGAUUUUACUCUAUUAAUUACCCCCUGAAUAGCUGGUACAAAACUAAAUUUGAUUCUCCUUUCAAUCUUCUAAAUACUAGAGCCUCUCAUUACUGGAAACUUAUUUGUUCUACUUCUGCUACUGUCAAACACUCUCUGAACUUUAAUGUUACUAAUACAGACUGCUCUCUUUCCCUUCAAUGGGACCCGUGGGUGAAAGGGAAAUCUUUGGCUGAAAUGAACCUGCACUGUUUGCAGAGAGGCCUGUUGGUUAGUAAUGUUAUUACUAAUGGCAGCUGGAAUUUGAGUUUAAUCCCUCAACAUAUGCAUCAGCUUUUCUUAUCUAUUCACAUCCAGGAUGGUGACAACGUGAUUACCUGGACUGGGAAAGGGGUAGCUGUAAAUGAUGGGUUGAAAACUGCUGAUGUCUUAGCUGUUAGGGGCAUUCUCAUUAACCCAACCUGCGGUUUUUGUCAUACUGAAGAAGAAUCCUCAUCUCAUCUCUUUUUUCAAUGCCCAUUCUCUUUCAGUAUCUUACAAACUAUGUUACCUGAUGUCAAGCUGCUUCUCCUGGAGAAUCUCCCAUCAGACAGAGUUUUUGGAUGUCCCAGGGCAAUGAUGAUUUGGUACACUUCCCUGGAUGGUCUUCGUUUACCUCUGGUGCUUGCUCCUCUCAUUGAUGUCCGUUCGAUGUUCCGUGUGGUAAUUCGUGGGCAACCGGGAAGUACUCGUGCUCAUAGACAUGGUGUUGAACCUUUGGUUCAGCUAGUUUUUGAUUUUUUGUACCAAGUUUUGUUUUUCUGA